CACUUCCGGAGUGCUUUCCAACCUCUCAACAGUCUCUCUCUCUCUCUCUCUCUCAUAUACAUAUGUAUGUAUGGAGAUGAAAACAAGCUCGUCGAUUCCCAAUUUCAUCAAAAUCACCAGAGCCAAGCAAAAGAUUGGAGGAAUUGGAACCAGUAGAUAAAUGGGUAUCCAGAUUGGGGCAGCUUACUGCCAGAAUCACCGUAUGAUGAUGAUGUCGAGGUGGCUACACUCAUCGUCUUCGUCGCAGUUGCUCUGCUUUUGCAGCCAAAUUGGCAACAACAGCAGGAAGAACAAGGCAUUCGGGGUUCAGAGAUCUGUCGGUGGAAGGAAAUUAGGGUUCGGAUCAACAACUGUUGUCUCUUCUUCAUCAUCGUCGACUGGCGUAGCGGAGCCAAUCGGCUGGGACGAGUGGAAGCCUGAGAAGGGCUCUAAAUCUCCUCCUCUCAGCGAUGUCUUCUGGCCUGCUGCAGCAGGGGCGUUUGUGGCGAUGGCGGCGUUGGGGAAGAUGGACCAGCUGCUGGCACCAAAAGGGCUUUCUAUCACAAUUGCACCACUGGGGGCUGUUUGUGCUGUCCUCUUUGCCUCUCCUUCCUCCCCUGCUGCCAGGAAGUAUAAUGUGUUCAUGGCUCAAGUCGGCUGCGCGGCGCUGGGUGUUUUGGCGUUCUCGGUAUUCGGAGCCGGCUGGCUUGCGAGGGGCGCCGGCCUGGCAGCCGCCAUAGCUUUCAUGAUCUAUACUCGCUCGCUGCAUCCACCAGCUGCGAGCUUGCCCUUGCUCUUCAUCGACGGAGCGAAGCUGCACGGCUUGAAUUUCUGGUACGCUUUCUUCCCCGGCGCCGCCGGCUGCGUGCUUCUCUGUUUGAUUCAAGAAUUGGUUUGUUACUUGAAGGACAACUUCAAGUUCUGAUUCAUGAUCCAUCACUUAUGGAGAUUACCAUGGAUGAAGAAGAUGUAUGAGUGAAAGGUCUAGAAUUUAUUAGUCGAUUUGUUUAGUGGGAUUAAGGUUCGAGUUAUUAUUGUUGCUAAUUUGGUCAAGUAAAUAUUAGAAUUUACAAUGAUUAUAGGUUUUUUUUUUUUUUUUUUUGAAAACCACGUGAAGAUUAUGUAUUUUCUUUUUUCUUUUUUUACAAAUUAGGCUUAUUUUUUAGAUUAUUAUUCUCAUUUAUAAAUUAAUUGGAAUGUAGACAAUCAAAAUUGGCAAAACAACUAUAUCCAUCUUUGCAAGCAA